AUGCGUUACCCUAUCACUGUGAAGAAUGGGUGAAGAAUAGUUCUUAUCCAUCACGUGAGUUGAACCCAUCAUCAACUCAGUUUCCGAAAACACAAUUCGAUGGUAUCUAACAAAACUGCACAGUACCCGCUUCAAUAAACCCAGUCAUUCAUCAAUCGCAUCUAGCUAGUAUACAAGCCAGCCCGGGCCCUCCCCGAAUCCUUGCCAACCCUUCCAACCCAUGCCCGUUCCCCAUCCAACCCCAAAGGGCAGCCAAGACAGUCCCCGUACAAAAGCCCUCCAACCCAACAAAACCCGCAUCAUGGUAUAUACGCACCCCCUCGCCCACUUACACAACAACCUUUCCCGAUCCCUUUCCAGACCCCUCUGCGCCCUCCUCAUCACUCCCACUCCCCGACCCGAACAACUUCCCAAACCUCCCCGGAUCCAACCUCCCAUUCCCCUUCUCCGCCUUCUCCGACUUCCUCAACCCAACCCCACCCGAACCCUUAAUCUCAAUCCCCUCGCCAUCAUCCUCCAAACUCCCCAUCUCAGUCGCCUCAAUCGGACUAUGCGCCCGCUCAUUCUCCAGCGGCUCCUCCUCAUGCUCGUCGUGCCCAUCGUCUUCGGAGUUAUUAUCGUUAUCCGCGUCCGCGUCAUUGCCGUCCUUGUGUUCCGCUUCCAUUGCCUUUUUCCGCUGUGCGAGACGCGCCGCAAAUUGGCGCCUAGCACGGGUAGCAGGGAUCUUGAGAGGGGGCGGGAUUUCGAGCGAGUGAAGGCCAGAGGUGCUGGGAGGCUAUAUGGAGGGGUGAGAAGUCAGUUACGGUUCUUUAACGAUGACUAGUCAGGUGCGUUGAGGGAUUGGAAAUAUACAAUUGCGAGAAAGAAGAAGACAGAGACACAUUGAACUUUGUGAAUUGGAAUACAAUUACGCUGAUCGUGAUCGUGACUUGAUCAUUUAUCAUUUACUCUAGAAGACGUACAGAAGGGAGAGACGAGACAGACGGAAUGUACAAGCGUUGCCCCAGAA